UAGUGUCCAUGGAAAACAUUGGAGAACAAGUUGUGUGCCUGAUUGCUUAUCAUCUACUUUUUGCAAUGUUUGUCUGGUCGUAUUGGAAAACUAUCUUCACAUUACCAAUGAAUCCUUCAAAAGAAUUCCAUCUCUCUUAUGCAGAGAAAGAAUUGUUGGAGAGAGAGCCAAGAGGAGAAGCUCAUCAGGAAGUUCUCAGGCGAGCAGCCAAAGAUCUUCCCAUCUAUACCAGGACCAUGUCUGGAGCAAUCCGAUAUUGUGACAGAUGCCAACUUAUAAAACCAGAUCGCUGCCAUCACUGUUCCGUCUGUGAUAAAUGUGUCUUGAAGAUGGAUCAUCAUUGCCCAUGGGUGAACAAUUGUGUUGGAUUUUCAAAUUAUAAAUUUUUCCUCCUCUUCUUGGCUUAUUCUCUGCUGUAUUGCCUUUUUAUUGCUGCUACAGACUUGCAGUAUUUUAUCAAAUUUUGGACAAAUGGCCUACCUGAUACUCAAGCCAAGUUCCAUAUUAUGUUUUUAUUCUUUGCUGCAGCUAUGUUUUCUGUCAGCUUGUCUUCUCUGUUUGGCUAUCAUUGUUGGCUAGUCAGCAAAAAUAAAUCUACAUUAGAGGCAUUUAGAAGUCCAGUAUUUCGACAUGGAACAGAUAAGAAUGGAUUCAGCUUGGGCUUUAGUAAAAACAUGAGACAAGUUUUUGGUGAUGAGAAGAAGUACUGGUUGCUGCCCAUUUUUUCAAGUCUAGGUGAUGGCUGCUCCUUCCCAACUUGCCUUGUUAAUCAAGAUCCUGAACAACCAUCUACUCCUGCAGCAUUGAACUCAGCAGCUAAAAAUCCUGAAAACCAUCAAUUUCCUGCAAAACCAUUGAGAGAGUCCCAGAGUCACCUUCUUACUGAUUCUCAAUCUUGGACAGAGAGUGGCACAAACCCUGGAAAAGGCAUAGCUGGUAUGAGUAACCCCGCAUUAACUAUGGAGAAUGAGACAUAAUUCUUCAAACAAAAGUAAUUCAUAUUUUAUGAAAGUAUCUGUGCUGUGGAAGGAUGGAAGAGACUUCCCUCAGGAGGACAUCACUGGCCAUUUGUUCCCAUUUCCUUUUGACUGGAUAAGAAUAUAAAUUGAUCAAUUCUUUCCAAGCCAUUGCUUAAAAUAUUAACAUUUUUAAAUGCAGUAUACAAACUGUUUCAACUAUACAAAAUCCUGUCAAACAUUAAAAGUAAUUAUGGUUUUAUGAAUUAAGGAUGAAGAUAUCUUGUCAUUAAAAACUAGGAAUAAAUUUGUGGACUAGGUUUUCACCCAAAUAUUUGGGUAGUACACUUAUCAGAUAAAAAGCCCAUUAAUUAUCUGAUUUUCACGUUGGAAAAUUGAGACUAUUCAGAUAUUGACAAUUAGAAGAUGUCACAUCAUUAUGAUAAGCUUUAUUUGUAAAAUUUAUUAUUGUAGGAAAGGUAUCAGAUAAGGCUUAUUGUUUAUUCCCUCUGAUGUGACUUCAACUUCAGACUCAGUGAACUGAAGUGACCUAAUUUAUUACAGUGUUCAAGUGGCUACACUUGAAGGUCACCGUCUUUUAUUUCCCAGAUUUUAAUUUAAUUCUAGCCUUCAUUCUCUGCUAGAAAAAAAGUAUGAUUUUUGAAGUUUGAACUCACUGAUAAGCAACAGGCUGGAAAAUUUGUUAGCACUAAUACAUUUCUAUUACAUUAGAUCAUUUUUAUCUCUCCUAAUCUUAAAUUGGUAAAAAUAUUAACAACAAUUCUAAAUAUUGUUUUAUGAUAUUCUUUUGCCAGUUGACUUUUUAAAAAAUUUCUCUUUAGAUUCUUUCUCCUAUUCUGAAAAUAGCAAAAAUAUUUCAUUUCUACUAAAAAUUCUUUGUGGGACAAUAGAUUAAUCCUCCAUUAACAUUUUUUUUGGUAUCCUUCAUCAGAAAUAUGACAGUUAAACUAUGUGUCCUCAAAUACCUACUAAGAGUAAAUCAUGCAAACCAUUAAACAAAAAUCAUGUUUGGAAAUUUAGUUCAAUGUGAACUAAAUGGUACGCUGCCUGGAAAUUGAGUUUCAGAUAAACUAAAAUGGUGUUUGUUGAUGCCAAAAUAUCUGGCUUCAGUAAAUAUACUAAGAAGCUCUUGUGCCUUGUAUGCACUAUUUUAAAAAGUUUUAUUUUUUAGUUUGACUGUUUUAUAAAUGUUAGCAGUUAGAAUAAACUGCAAUUUUUGUUACUGAUUUUGAGAUUUUAAGGAAAUUACCUUUUAAAACUACAACGUUUAGGAACUGGUAUUUAAUCAAAGAGAAAUGGUAUUAAACUUUUUGAAAUCUAAGACAAAAAUUCAACAUAAACUAGUUAGCGGAUAAAGGAAUGAUACUUGAAGUGAAAGAUCCUUGCAAUUACUUAUACUAUGAAGGUUUUUAUAUGAGUUAAUCAAAGAACCAAUAUUAGCUUUGUCCAUUUUAUAGAUUGAGUACACAUCUUUGAACAGUGAGUCUUUCAGAUUUUUUUUAAAGCUAAACAUUUCGAUCUGACAAUCUGUUUCAAGAACUCUCAGAUAAUACAUUUUUACAUUUUUUUUUCUUUCUUAAAACACUUUUUGGUCAUUUUUCAUUACCUGAAGUGCCAGGUUGGAACUUAUAGCUACUGCUAGAAGUCUUAAAGGCAAAAGCAUCAUGUGAUAUAUUGAGUUAUAUGCAGCAAUUUUUUUUUUCAAAGCACAGCAUUGUAGCUGUUUUUGCAGACUGGGUUCUGUCAAGUAUUCCCUUUUAAACUAGAAGCUAGGAGACAAAAGGGGUUGGGUUUUAUUCUUUAGCUUGUUAGAGUACUGUUAAUUUUUCCCCUUUAAGGUGUUUCAUGUGAUUAAGAUACGUAAGUCAAUACACAUUAGAACCAUAUUUGAAAAGCUUUUUGAAAAAUAAAUUCUUUCCCACUGAGUUGCAGUGAUUCCCUUUUGUCUUCAUGCAGUGAAUAAUGUAAUGUUUUUUUAUUUUUAAUUUGUUCUGAACUUGUUUUUAGAGAUGAAAUUUCAUUAGAUAAGCAGUAUCUUUGUGGGUAAAGCAUCAGAGACCUACAUUUUGUGUAUAUUUAUAAAAUAUUUUUAAAAACAAUUUACUUUAAAAAACCUUAUUGAAUUCAAACUUGAAGACUACUAUACUUCAGCUGUCCUGACUAGUGCAUUAAACUAGUAAUAUUCAUUUAAGAAAUUUUCAUUUAAAAAUAUUGUACAAAUGCUUCAUAUACGUUAGUUAACUAUUUCCCAUGUGCAAAGAAUUUUCUUUUUCAAAGAUGAAGAAAAAUUGCAUCUCAAUACAGUGAGACACUCCAGGAAGUGGUUACUCGCUAACACCCUAUUACACCAAAAUAAAGUCUGGUUUAUCCCA